CAAAUGGAGAGAGUCCUUUUUUCUGAGCUAUUGAAUCCCGGAGCUCGCACGGUCCCGCGGCCUGAGAAAGAGCAUAGCGCGCAGAAUGCUACAACAACGGAGCGGUCGGAGUCGCUGUUUUGGACAAGGAGAGCUUCUUUUCACGUUCGUCUUUUAAAAACACAUAUCUGGAGAGGACAGAAAACAGUGGAUGUGGGAAAUUGUGGAGACCUCCGGAUCACGAAAUGUUGGAAUGGAAGGCGCAGACUUUGACUCGCCGUCCUAAACAGGAGUAUGAAGUACUUUGCGAGCCCGAGAUUAGCGGUAGUGAAACUUUGUUACCCUGGAUUAUCAAAACACGCGUUCGGAGGAAUUUAAGACCGUGGAUCGCAAAAACUACAGCCCAGUCUCUACAACAUGGCCUCGGCUGUUAAUGUUUCAGAGCAGGAAAACAGAGACCCUGAUCGGCCGAGGAUAACCCGGAGGAAUAGAGGGAACUAUCGCGCAGCAGCUACAGCAACUGAUUUGGAGUAUUUGCAACGGCCGAGUUACUGUGAUGCAGCUUUUGCAUUGGAGCAAAUAUCAAAGGGGAAGGCUACUGGAAGAAAGGCACCACUGUGGCUGAGAGCAAAGUUCCAGAGACUCUUGUUUAAACUGGGGUGUUACAUACAAAAGAACUGCGGAAAGUUUUUAGUUGUUGGCCUCUUAAUAUUUGGAGCUUUUGCUGUGGGAUUAAGGGCAGCUAAUCUAGAAACCAACGUGGAGAAACUGUGGGUUGAAGUGGGAGGACGGGUAAAUCAGGAGCUGAAGUACACACGGCAGAAGAUGGGAGAAGAGGCCAUGUUCAACCCUCAACUCAUGAUUCAGACCCCACGGGAAGAAGGUGCUAAUGUACUCACGGUUGAAGCACUGAGGCAACACCUGGACUCUGCAAUUAAAGCCAGCAGAGUGCAUGUUUACAUGUACAAUAGGCAAUGGAAAUUGGAACAUCUGUGUUAUAAAUCAGGAGAACUUAUCACUGAAGCUGCGCCCAUGAAUCAGAUUAUUGAAAACCUCUAUCCUUGUUUAAUAAUCACGCCGUUGGAUUGCUUCUGGGAAGGUGCAAAACUACAGUCAGGAGUGGCCUAUCUGCCGUAUUUUGCUCCUUUUCUCAACAGAGGUAAACCCCCUGUGCAGUGGACCAACUUUGAUCCAAUGGAGUUCUUGGAGGAGCUAAAAGCCUUCAGUUACCAAGUGGACAGCUGGGAGGAGAUGCUGAUGAAGGCGGAGGUUGGCCACGGCUAUAUGGACCGCCCCUGCCUUAAUCCUGCAGACCCCGACUGCCCUGUCACAGCACCCAACAAGAACACCACUCGACCUUAUGAUGUUGCCCGCGCUCUGAAAGGUGGUUGUCACGGCCUUUCCAAAAAAUACAUGCACUGGCAGGAGGAGCUGAUCGUUGGGGGAACAACAAAGAACGGGAGUGGGAGGCUUCUGAGUGCCCAGGCUCUCCAGACCAUGUUUCAGUUAAUGACCCCCAAGCAAAUGUAUGAACACUUCAAGGAUUAUGAACAUGUUUCACAUAUCAACUGGAAUGAGGACAAGGCCGCCGCCAUCCUGGAGGCCUGGCAGAGGAGAUACUCUGAGGCUGUCCAACAGAGUGUGGCACAAAACUCCACUCAGAAGGUGCUUUCAUUCACGACUACUACAUUGGAAGACAUCCUCAAGUCAUUCUCUGAUGUUAGCGUAAUCCGUGUGGCAAGCGGCUACCUAUUAAUGCUUGCCUAUGCCUGUUUAACCAUGCUGCGGUGGGACUGCGCCAAGUCCCAGGGGGCCGUGGGGUUGGCAGGAGUCUUGCUGGUUGCACUGUCAGUGGCUGCAGGAUUGGGCCUGUGCUCUUUGAUAGGAAUUUCAUUUAACGCUGCAACAACUCAGGUUUUGCCCUUUCUUGCUCUAGGAGUUGGAGUGGACGAUGUCUUCCUACUGGCACAUGCAUUCAGUGAAACAGGACAGAAUAAAAGAAUUCCUUUUGAGGACCGAACGGGAGAAUGUUUGAAGAGAACAGGGGCUAGUGUGGCUCUGACCUCGAUCAGCAAUGUGACAGCUUUUUUCAUGGCUGCCUUGAUCCCUAUUCCUGCUCUCCGGGCAUUCUCGCUCCAGGCUGCUGUUGUCGUGGUCUUCAACUUCGCCAUGGUUCUGCUCAUCUUCCCAGCUAUUCUCAGCAUGGACCUUUACAGGCGGGAGGACCGCCGUCUUGAUAUCUUCUGCUGUCUCGUCAGUCCUUGCGCAAACAGGGUCAUUCAGAUCGAACCCCAGGCCUACGUGGACAGCAUUGACGCCAACCGCUACAGCCCUCCCCCGUCCUACAGCAGCCACAGCUUUGCGCACGAGACCCAGAUCACCAUGCAGUCCACCGUCCAGCUGCGCACCGAAUACGACCCUCGCACUCAGGCCUACUACACCACCGCCGAGCCGCGCUCCGAGAUCUCGGUGCAGCCCGUCGCCACCGCCGCCAGCAACCACACCGGCUCCUCUCGGGUCAGCACCGGUAACAAUAACAACAACAACAACAACACCACCACCAGCAGCAGCUCUGCUGGUCCAGACAGCCUGAGCUGCCAGAGCCCGGAGAGCGCCAGCUCCACCCGCGACCUGCUGUCUAACUUUACCGACACCUCUGCCCACUGCAUAGAGCCACCCUGCACCCGGUGGACCUUCUCCUCUUUUGCAGAGAAGCAUUACGCCCCUUUCCUGCUGAAGCCCACUACAAAGGUUGUGGUUAUAUUCCUCUUUCUGGGUUUGCUUGGCAUCAGUUUGUACGGGACAACCCGUGUUCGCGAUGGGCUGGAGCUGACGGACAUUGUGCCUCGGGAGACGAGCGAGUAUGACUUCAUCGGAGCACAGUUCAAGUACUUCUCCUUCUACAACAUGUAUGUCGUCACGCAAAAGGCAGACUAUGCCAAUUUGCAGCCCCUGCUCUAUGACCUGCACAGACGCUUUGGCAAUGUGAAAUACAUCCUGAAGGAAGAAAACGGACAGCUUCCCAAAAUGUGGCUGCACUUCUUUCGGGACUGGCUACAAGGUUUGCAAGAGGCCUUUGACCGUGACUGGGAAGCAGGGAAAAUCACCCAGACCACCUACAGGAAUGGAUCUGAUGAUGGCGUUCUAGCUUACAAGCUUCUGGUGCAAACUGGAAACCGGGACAAACCCAUCAACUUCAGCCAGCUGACGAAACAGCGCCUGGUGGACGCGGACGGCAUCAUCAACCCAAGUGCGUUUUACAUCUACCUGUCUGCCUGGGUCAGCAACGACCCUGUGGCCUAUGCGGCCUCCCAGGCCAACAUCAGGCCCCACCCCCCCGAGUGGAUCCACGACAAGACAGACUACAUGCCCGAGACCAGGCUCAACAUUCCAGCCGCUGAACCCAUCGAAUAUGCUCAGUUUCCUUUCUACCUCAAUGGGCUGCGGGAGACACCCCAGUUUGUUGAAGCGAUUGAAAGCGUCAGGUCAAUCUGCAGCAACUACAGCAGACAGGGGUUGCCCAGCUACCCCAAUGGCUACCCCUUCCUGUUCUGGGAGCAGUACAUUGGCCUGCGCCACUGGCUUCUUCUGUCAAUCAGCGUGGUGCUGGCCUGCACCUUCCUGGUCUGCGCGCUCUUCCUUCUCAACCCAUGGACGGCCGGCAUCAUUGUGCUGGUCUUGUCCCUGAUGACUGUGGAGCUCUUUGGGAUGAUGGGCCUGAUCGGGAUCAAGCUGAGUGCUGUCCCUGUGGUCAUUCUCAUCGCCUCUGUGGGCAUUGGAGUCGAGUUCACUGUCCAUGUGGCUUUGGCCUUCCUAACUGCCAUUGGGGACAGGAACCGCCGCGCUGUCCUGGCAUUGGAGCACAUGUUUGCUCCCGUGCUGGAUGGGGCCUUCUCCACGCUUCUUGGAGUUCUGAUGCUCGCGGGCUCUGAAUUUGACUUCAUUGUCAGGUACUUCUUCGCUGUGCUGGCAAUCCUGACUGUGCUUGGAGUUCUGAAUGGACUGGUGUUGCUUCCUGUUUUACUGUCAUACUUUGGCCCGUAUCCUGAGGUGUCUCCCGUCGACGGGAGGAGCCGCUUGCCGACCCCGUCCCCCGAGCCGCCCCCUCGCGUCGUGCGGUUCGCAGUCCACCCCCGGCCCCCGGCCAACGGCUCCGACUCCUCGGACUCGGAGUACAGCUCCCACACCACCGUCUCCGGGGUCAGCGAGGAGCUGCAGCAGUACGACUCCCGUCGCCACCCGGCUCACACCACCCGCCGGGUCCUGCUCGAAGCCACCGAGAACCCAGUCUUCCCGCGCUCCACCGCCGUACCUCUAGAAGCCAGGCAGCAGCGGCCCAGGCCCUGGCCCCGGCCUCCCGCCCAGCCGCAGGAGCACGCCCGGCGGUACAGCAGCAGGGACCCCAGAAGGGACUCGGCGAGGGACAGCCAGCAGCCGCCGCCGCCGCAGCAGCAAGCACCCCCUCACCGGCCGCGCAUGGACGCUUUCGAAACUGCUACUGAAGGGCGUUCGGGCCCCGGUCGCAGGGACCGCUCAGGGCACCGCUCCCACCCCCACAGCACUAGACACCAAGCUUUCACCGCCGUGGGUCCCUCAGGGCCAGCGUACUGCCAGCCUAUCACCACCGUGACUGCCUCGGCCUCCGUCACGGUCGCUGUGCAUUCACUCCCCGGCCAGGGCCCACAUUACCCAGCAUUCCCCUCUCCAGAAGGCUCCCAGCAGGCGGAUCCCGGACCCUUCGAAGACCCCCACGUGCCUUUUAACAUUCACAGCGACAGGAGGGACUCUAAAAUGGAGGUCAUGGAGCUGCAGGAUGUAGAAUGUGAAACGCAGAGUGAGGUUGAGCAGGAGAGCUCUGCCAGCUAAGUGAGAGAGUUCUGAAGCACAAAAGGCCAAAGAUGGGGAGUCCUUCUGUUCUGAACCUGCAGGAGAACUGCUUGAAGUUAGGGAAAUCUACAUACAUGCUGCAUCAGGAAGAUGGUUCACUGUUACUGUAACCUAGUGUAUUAUUUUGUCAAAUAUAUAUAUAUAAAUAUUUAAAAGAUGUAAACAUGUGUAUAAUACAAAUGUAAAUUAGCUGUAAUGUAGGAGACAAACAACUCCUGUUAAUAGACUGGGGACAACACUCUGUGUAAUCUAUACUGUACACUCAUCUGUGUAUCUGUGCCACGAGUAAGCUUAAUCUAGUCAUACAUUUCAGCAUAAGUUGUUGCUGCUUAAAUAUUGUAUAAUUUACUUGUAUAAUUCUAUGCAAAUAUUUCUUUUAUGGUAUAGUAAUUUGUGAGAUUGUGUAAGAGCAGUGGAUGUGUGAGUGUGUAUAAAGGUACGCAUUUUGUUUUUAAAUGUUAAUUUUCAUAUCACAAACCUGUGGUAGUAUGAAAUGUUACUGUUUAACUUUCAAACACGCUAUGCGUGAUAUUUAAAAUGAUCAGAUAUGAAGAAAAAAGCACGUUAUUCUUUGUGAGUGGCUGAGACUCUUUUGCUUGUUUUUUCCUUUUUUCUCUGAUACUGUAUCUCGUAUCUGGUGUUUUUUACUGUAAAACAGCCAUUGGUGCACUCACAUUCCAGUCAGAACUGUUACCCCUUCACUGCCAAACACAACAGAACCUAAAAUGUGAAAUGGCAAUAGUCUGUUUUAAUUACCUAAGAAAUUCACUGUUAAUAUUUCAAAUCUGCCAUUCUUUAAUUUGUUUCCACUUUAUUGUUUAUUAAAGAAUGUUAACCAGUUUUUAUUCCCAAUGGGGAAAAUAAAGACAGGAUAAGUGUUAAAGAAGCAGAAGUUAGGUCAUUGGCUUUUUAGAUAAUUAAAACAGACUUGCCUACAGAGGAUCUUGUGAAAACUUUUUUUUUUUACUGAUGCGUUAAUGAAGAUGCCAGUUACACAAGCUCUUAAAAGAUCAAAGAGUAAACUGGAAAUGCCUGCAAUUUUUUUUUUGCCAUAUGCCAUAAAUGCAACUUCUCAAAUUCUAAAGUAAAGCACUGUCGCAGUAUCCAUAUAGGUAUAAGCUACAACUAGAUCUGAUUUAACCUCGCACUUGAACUUGACUGCGGUAAAAACGCAGUAUCUACAGUGGGAAAAAUAGCGCUGGCCCUUUUUAUUGUUUUUGUUAUUCCUCUUAUCCCGCUAUUCCGUACUUCAGAUAAGCUUCAAUGACAAGUACACCAACGGUUAAGCACUGAAUGGCCCUACUAAACCGGCACACUGUCUGAUUCCCCAAAGUUUUAAUGACAGCGAAGACAACUGGCCUCAAUUUAGCUCUCGCAGUCGAUUGACCUGAGAUCAUAAAAAUCCACAACAAAACUGUAUGACACUAAUUGGAAGCUACCCUCAACUGCCAAGUGUACAUGAGACUGUGUCAGAGGUCGGACAGGCCUCCUACUGCUGCUAGGUUGGUGUCUGUCUGUUAGUCACUCUCGCUUGCCUUUCCCCUCUUGUGUAAGUCUUUCUUUUGAACACCGCAGUACGUUGGCCUUUUUUCCCCUAUUGUGUAUUAUGUACUGUCUGCUGCUUCUGCAAAACGUAGAUGUUUUUCUCCUCAAGUCACAUUGGCCAAAGGAGAAAUCCACAGCUGGCAACUAUUUUAUCCUUUUUUUAUUUUUUUUUUAUUUUUUUACUUUUUUUGGUGAUAUUUAUAUUUUUGUAUGAUAAGAU